CGCGCGGAGUAGGUUGCGAGCGGGACACGUUUUUUCCCGGAGUAUCGCGACUGCGGUGCGCGAAGACAGUCGGCGAUAUUCCUAUGCUGCUAUUCCCGGUGCCCGAUCCUCAACGGGUAACUUCGUAUCGCAUCACAUCGAUGGAUUCUGUGUGACGACGCCUUCGCUGCUUCUGCUGCUGCUGCUGUUGGUAUCGUAAUCGAGAGCAACAUGAACUCCGAGGGAAACGAUGGGAACAAGCAGGGUAAAGCGGAGGUCAGAGUGGACGUUGGUUCGAAGAACGAUAAUCAGUCCAAAGUGGCACCGAGGACCGUCAGUCCAAGAUCCAUCAUGGAGCAAGGUGUAGUGGCAUCCAAGCCGUUACAGCUGGAGACCAAAGCUGCCGUGGUCGAGCAGUCGCGAUUGAAUAACAACAGUGGCGAGAGUAACAUCAAGCACAUGUCGUCCAAGAGCACCGUCGCACUGUCCAACGGGACGAAAUCCAUGGAGAAUGUGUCCGAUUGUGCCAAUUCCCUGGAACAGAAUGCCUCUCAGGACGCAACGUCGAGCGUAAACAUAUCCUCUGUGUUUACCAGUACCAUCAAUAUCAAACUUCAGACUGUAAGCACUAACGCCAUGUGUCAAUUGAAGCAUAAGACUGCCGCGAGCGCGAGCGCGUUGAAUCUGCCUAAGUCUCAAAUGCACUUGAACCUAUCUUCCUCUCAAGCGAGUACGCACCACAGUCAUAACUUGGCAGCGGUCGUUCUUAAUUCCGCCGCAGCUACUAGUGCUAUGGCACAUUCAAGUGUAUCCACAGCAAGCGCACCAUUAAUGCCUCCUAAUUUAUCAACAAGCAAGCCAAACGACGACAUAGACAUGAAGAACAACGUAGAUUAUGCGUCUGCCAUAGAGAAAUGCCCUUCUAAGGUUUCCUGCAGUUCCGAUUCUAGUCCAGAGGCCGACUGUUCCUGGACAUCGAAGUCCUAUGGAUCUAAACGUGUACUAAAUAAUAUAGGUGGUAGCAUAGGUUCAACGAGUCAAGGAACUUGUUGCUUCUUAAGACCUAACAUUAACGGCAGCAGAGAAGCCGCAGGACCAAGUGGAUUGCAGAGAGCCUCGCAGAGAGAACAGAUAGAACGCAUGGAUUCUAGCUCGGGGAACGAAGGGGACAUGUCUGACGGAGAGGAUUACUGCAUCUACACGUACAAAGGGAACGAUGAUACGAUGCAUGCGGAUCAGCAGGAAGAGUUGAAUCAGGGUCAUGUAGAAAACUAUGAGGUAGAGGGGCAGAAUCACAGCGGUAGAUCAAGUCCAGAGAUGGAUUUCCUGGAAAUGGAUUUUGAUCCUGGGCCUUCUUGUGAACAGGAUACCGGAGACAGUGAUUUGGCCUCUAUAAAUGAAGAUAUACAGAACAUAGCGGUAGAUAACAUAGAGCCAGACCCGGUGUUGAACGACCUGAGUAGCGGAAAGGUCGUGUCCAGGCAAGCGCUGGCUGCGGCCACGCCGCAAAUCGCGAAACAAAGCGCACAGAACGUCAAUCACGCAACAACUUUUCAACAAUGCACGAGCAACCAAUCGGCGAUAGAGCAAACCGCGAAAUCAACCUAUUCCGCUCCAUGGAUGCCUAGUACGAGCAGUGGAACUGGAAGAUGGGACAGCGCGGCGCUAUAUCGUAACACAGGCUGUCCGCUACGCGAAUCCUACGGUUAUCACAACACGAGUGGCGAUCUCAUUUCACCUGGCGAUAAUAGAGAUUCCGACUCGGAAUUAUGGGUCGAGCCCUCGACCGCGUCAGUCCCAGACAAUUCCAAUCUGAAUGCUAGGAGAGUCAAUCUUAGUUCUACGCUUUAUCAUCGCAUGAUGGCGAAGAAGCUGAUGCUCAACAAGCAAGCUGCGUUUAAUCAAAGCGGUGAUUCCAAUCUGGAAAGUGAGUUGUGCAACGAGCGGUUAGAUGGAUUGCCACCAGUUGAGAAAGUAAUGCUGUGGAGUGAACAGGAAGCCACGAUGAAGCAAGUGACGCAAAUUGGUACAUCUGCCUGUGGUGCUACAUCUGCGAUUAACGCUUUGCUGGCCUUAAAUGUAUCAUUUUCUCUGGAAGUAUUAGUAAAGGGUGUAAAUACGAGAUUGAGGGAACUCAGUGUACCAUUACCAAAAUAUCUUGUCAGUCGAUCGGUAGCAGGGGCAACUCAUAAGGACAUAGCCCGAGGAAUAUCUCUGUCGACGAACGGCGCAGCCGUAACCAAGUUCUUUGCAUUUUAUCCGGAGAGAAAGGUGUCGUUAUCUCACUGGUUGCAUUAUUGGAUUUCCAAGGGCGCUGCGCCGAUCGCGACGUUGAACUUGCAACACUGUGGCGAGGGUUGCGACAUACCGGACGCGUGGCAUCAUCAGAUGAUAUUCGGUGUAGGUCAGGCUGGUAUAUACUUGACAAAUCCUCUGGAAUGCUUGCCCGAACAGCUUGUCUGGCAUCAAUUAGUCAGUCCGAGUAUUUUGUUGAUACGAAAAACGGACGUGCUGGCUCAUUGGAGCGCAAAUACGGAUUUAACGCCACUCGCGAUGAUGGAUCAGAAGUGGCGAAAGCUUAAUGUUCUUGGACAAGUUGUAAAUAUGGUGCGCGAAGCAAUGAGCCAGAGACAGCAACCUAACGGCACGACUGCCGGAGCGACUCACGUUCGCAUCCCGGCGUCCUAUCAAGCAGGUAUCACGCUGGUCAUGUGUGCAGACUCCGCCGCAGCCACCGAACUGUUACACGCAGAACAACUACCGCUACUCUAGUCUUAUUAAUCAAAAUCAGCGAACACCUCCUCUGGACUGGCCCCUCCCCACUUGGUUUACCAUAAAUUUUAUUAGCAGGCUGGUCCACACACACACACACACACACACACACACACAUAAUGAUCUUGUAGCUCAUUUGUGUAAGCGGAUCUGAUGUAAUGAAGAUAAUUUACAUUUUUGACACAAACAUGUUUGUAUUCGAAGAGAGUAUUACUAAUUAAAAUAUAUUUCAAUAGAAUAUUUCUGUUUUACACA